GUCGUUGUUUUUGAAUUUGUUUUUUUUUUGCAAUUUUUACUCCCAGUUUAAUCAUGGAUCGAUUUUUACAAUUUUGUCGAUUCAAUCUGUCCAAUGUGACAGCGUUCAAAAAAUUAUCGAUCGUUAUUGGUAACGAAAGCUGUGAUUUAGAUUCAGCCGUUUCGGCAAUUGUAUUGGCCUAUAUAAAAUAUCAUGAGCUUACAAAACAUCAAGAUGACGAUGAUGAUGAUCAAGAUGAUUCGGAAGUAAUUGUAUUGCCCGUAUUGAAUGUGUUCCGUGAAGACCUACACCUUCGUAGAGAGAUUGUAUUUUGGUUUGAAAAAGUUUUACAAUUUGAACUCGAAUGGCUUAUUUGCCGUGAUGAAAUCGACUUUGAUGCUAUCAAUUCAUCAUCAACAGUGCAAGUAUUCAUAUCGUUAGUUGAUCACAAUGACAAUAAAGAGUUUCAAAAACUUUUACCACGAGCUCAAUUUGAUGAAAUCAUUGAUCACCAUCAACCACCACAACAGCAUUCAUGUUCCGAUCAGUCAUCAUCAUCAUCAUCAUCACCCCAAUACAUUCAAUGUGAUCCAUCAAAAGUACAGAUUGAUACCGGUGUUGGUUCUUGUUGUUCGUUGAUUGCUUUACGUUAUUUUAAAUCAAAUAUCACUAAACACAAGUUUGGUUCACCGGUCAAAUCAUCAUCGGAAACGUUUGAUUCACAGAUUGCCUUAAUUCUAUACGGACCAAUACUAUUGGAUACUAUUUGUUUUGAACAUUCUGCAUCACGGUUCAAUGCAAAAGAUUACGAAGCAAUAAAUAAAUUGGAAGAUCUGAUGAAACAUCCAGCCGAUAGUGAGCCGUCACUUUACGAUCGUAAUGAAGUAUAUCAACGUUUAGUGGCGGCCAAAAAUUCACUUGAUGGAUUGUCGUUUGAAGAUUUAUUACGAAAAGAUAUGAAAAUUGUCGAAUCAAUUUCAGAUAAUAAUCUAGCAAUAUGUAUUUCAUCGGUGACGGGAAUUUUAUUGACCGAAAUGUCUUUAAGAGAUAAAUUGAAGGAACUAAAAAAUUAUUCGAAUCAACCGCCGAAAACAGCUGUGUUUUCCGAUCAAUCACGACCACGAACGUUUAAUGCUAUCAUAUUGAUGAGUCUUGAUAAUCGUAUACCAAACAAUCUACGACGACAGUUGGCAAUAUUUUGUUCUAAUAAACAUCUGAUGCGAACGAUUGCAACCUGCAUUGAACGUUCAGAACAAUUAUCACUUGAGCUUAUUACUGCAUUGGAAUCAUUAAGAAUUUAUAAUCAAAACAAUUUGAAAGCAUCACGUAAAGUUGUCCUUCCAAUCAUAUCGACAAUAUUGAAUGGACCUGGUGCUAGCAAUGGUACUAUUGGUGGUCGUAAUCAAUCAAUGAAGAAAAAAAUUGAAGUCAAUUAUACCAUGUUCUUGAACCAAACUGAUGUUGAUGAUAAAAAUGCUUCAAUCGACCCGAAUAUCAAUAUAAAAACAAAUGGUGACGAGUCAUCUUCAGAUGUAUUGAACACUCAAAGUGACAUUGAUCCAACUAAUGAUAAUGGUGAUGGUGGUGAUAUACAAAGUGAUCGUCGAUCAUCUUUACCUUUGAGCGCCAUAGAAUUUCGAUCAAUAGAUCUAAAAGUGAUUGAACCUUACAAAAAUGUCCUAUCACAUGGUGGCCAUUUACGGCCUUCAUCAAAUGGUGAAGCGGUGGCUUCUGAAUUUUCUAGUCCGGCAAUCAUUCUGUUUUCAGCAUGUUAUUUGCCGGAUCGAUCACGUAUCGAUUAUCAUUAUGUAAUGGAUAAUCUUUUCCUAUAUGUUGUGAGCACAUUGCACAAUAUGGUGGCCGAUGAUUAUAUACUCAUCUAUCUACAUAAUGGCGGGAAUGUUCACCAAUCAUCAAUAACCGCUACUGGUCAACAGCAACAACAACACUCUGUCAAUAAUAUGCCCACGUUUAGUUGGCUUAAACGAUGCUAUCAAAUGAUUGAUCGUAAAUUAAAGAAAAACCUGAAAGGUCUUUAUUUGGUACAUCCUACAUUUUGGCUAAAAACAUUGAUUAUAAUGAGCAAGCCAUUCAUUAGUUCGAAAUUUUCUCGAAAAUUGAAAUUUGUUCGAUCAUUGGAUGAGCUAAAACAAUUAAUACCGAUCGAUGAUCUGGAUAUUCCUGAUUUGAUUAAAACGUAAGUUUCAAUAAUCGAAUGAUACAACAGAUCCAGAUUUUCCAUGCCACAUAUGAAUGUAUUCGCCAAAUGCCAAAGCCUUGAAAUUCUAUUAGGUUAUUUUUUUAUGAGUUUUGUUUUUGUUCUCAUUCUGUAUGCAUUCAUUUUUUUUUCAUUUUAUAUUUCAUGGA